AAAUCUAAUGACAUAUACCAACUGACUGACUAACGCUUUUGAGUAUUUUAUUAGUCUUUGGACAUGACAUACAAUCUUGUUCAUUCAUUUUCAUUCAAGGUUAUUGGAGAAUUUGGAAAAAAAUUACAAAUCUGUGUGAAAUUGUGAAUUUGAUCAACAAACAACAAAACAAAUGUUUGUGUGUUUGUUUAUUGUGCAUUACAUUUAGAAAGUUUAUUUUCUGAAUAAGUGAGAAAUACUUGUCGAUUUGUUUCAUUAUUUAAGUGAACUAGAAAGUUUACGACAAAAGUUGAAUGGCUAAUAGAGCUCCGUAUUUUAAUUUUAAUGUUUUAGCGUGUGAUGUUACAUCCUAUAAGCAAUCAUUGAUACAUUUACUUCUACAACUAUUCUACCAUAAUUUGUGUGUGAAUUUAUGAGAAAAUGUGAAAGGACGUUACGAAGUGGGACAAGUAAAGUAAACAAAGUAUAUGUUACACUACGGUACCGCCGGUUUUGUAGUAAGUUCUAGAUGUCGCGCGUAGCGAUGACCCUGCGCGUGUGGAGAGACGGAGUUUAAGGUUUUUAGUGACCAUGGAAAGGCUAUCCCAUGACUUGAACCUUGCUCUAGAGGAGAGCAACUGUGGUCGACAGGAACGAAGGAAACUUGGGAUGCGAAGGCGUACCAGGUCCGCAGGGAAUUUGCCUGCUGCAGUAGCAGUGAGCCUGGUUGAAGAUGGCAGCUCCAGCAGUCCACCACAGGCUCCACUCAUCACGCAGCCCCUCUCAGACUCGGAUGACCCUCACCUCAGUAUCCACAAGUCCACCAACCUCAAGUCUCGACACUACUGCCAGAUCGGCAACUUUGAAUCAGAUUCCUUCAAUGAAAACUUCUCACCCACUCGGCCAGCUAACACGAGGAGGAAACGGAAGUAUAAGAAAAUGCCUGUUGAUUAUACAGAUGGGAAACGGUCGCCGCCUAUUGAGAUUUUGAGUAUAACUACAGAGCUUCAUACCAUCCCUGUUCCGAUAGUGUUGCAAGCGCAGAGUGUGUCGCCACUCGUACAUGGGAAGCAGAAACAAGAAAGAAACGUAUUUUCCGGUAAACGUAAAUGGUCGCACAGAGAUAAAGGGGACGGAUGUGAAAUGAGAGAGAGGUCGUUCAGUGGUGGGUGUUCAUCAAAAUCGGCGUACUUCAAAAACGAUAUAAAAUCCAGAAAGUGCGAAAUCGACAAAAAGAAAAAAGAUACAGUCUUACAACCGGGCAAAAUUGUGUUGAAGUCCCAGAAUAUAGAGGACGAAAAGCCUUGUUCGGUUUCUUCGUUACCUGGCAGUUCAAGUUUCAACUUCGUGUAUAAGAAUACCUCUAAAAAUGGUACUCCUGUGCUUUCCAAACUAACGGGGUACAGGAUAGCGACAGAUCUACCGCCAGUUUUCAAUCCAAUGUGCAAAAACCAUAUCGAGGCAAAGUUCCAGAGGAAAAUAAAGAUAUUGAACAAAACUCAUCCACAAUCCUCAUUGAGGAAUCCUUUACUGUUUGACGAGGCAAUUAGCGGUAUGGAUUGCACGGGGAACGAAAGCAGUUCGUUGAGCAGUAGCGAUUCUGACGGAGUGGUGACAAAUGACAGCGAUAGGGAAGGCGACGACGAAUUGACCGAUUGGCCGGGGAUCGAGGAGCUAAAAGUGUUCAACAAAAGCCUAACCUUCAAGUCAUCUAAGUCAAUCAACAACAAUUGUACAAAGUCAAUCAGUAAUAUGCCACCACCGAAGAGAUUGAAAAAAGAGAAGCCAGUAGCGAAGAGCGGUUGGGCCAAUUGCAAGAAUAGGUUCAAAAAGAAACGGCCGAAAGUUGAUUCGGGGAACGAAGACGACGCAAUGAUGUCAGAUUCGAAGACAGUUGUGGAUGUUGAAGACGAGAUCUUGAAAGAAAAGGAGAUUUUACCCCAUUCCUCGUUUUCGACGUUCAGUGACAUCAUAUCAGCCAGUGCGUCUGGGCAGAACGCUGAUGAAUCGUUCUACCAGUCCUUUCAGGCGUUUCAAGAGAAAUCGGAGAAGGAGUUUAAUCAGACGCCGCGCACGAACUUCUCUUUGCAGAAGACAUCGUCGAGUGAUUUGAAUUUAAGCGAAAAGUCCCCUCAGAGUGACCAUUACUACAGUGAACAUUCAAUGGGAAACACAGGGGUUUCCGAAGUGAGGGAAAUAAGAGCUGGAUGUAGAAGGAUAAGGGAGGAGAGACCUGGUUUUCUCAUAUUGAGUGCAGCAAAUGAACAGUUGUCCAAGUUUCUGCAGGAUUCGUGCCAAACUGAGCUCAAGUUGUCCAGCUUUCAAGAUCCAAUGGAGAGAGAGAAGUUAGAGUCGCUGGCGAAGUUGUAUUCUUUGGAGUUGCAAGUUGAGAUGGGGAGACCUAUUUUAAGGAAAACAAGCAACACAACUCAAGCGAUCCGAGUGGAAAACUAUUCCUCUAAAAACUUUCCCUCUGACCACAAGCGGCGCUGCUACGGUGAAGAGGCCGACUCGAGUCUCAGCCUCAGCGACCAGAACUCCGUGACCUCGGCCAACGAACUCGACGACAUCAUACCGGAGGUCAAGCGUGAACUGGACCUUGCCCAGGACUUGGCUGAAUCCUUCUCUUACGCCCAAGUGAAUAAGGCUUUGUUACAUCCUGGUGAAUUGGACUGAAGUGAAAGUUAUUUACUAAUGGAGGAACAGUGUUAAAAAAAAUUAGGAAUGCGCUAUUUCUAUUAUGCCCGCUGUAAUAUUUUUGUAACUCUAUGGUAAAUUUAUCCUGAUUGACAAUUAGCCGGUUUCACUUCCGAUAGAUUUUAACCGAAAAGUUACACGCUAAAUUGUAAUCAGUAUUUUCAGUUCACAAUAUGACGGUAGAUUAUAACAUCACGAGUGAGAUUAUAAACUAACGUAUUGUAUUUUACAAUUUAACGAAAACAUAUAUAACUUAAAUAAUUAUUUAGUUUAUUAUACAUGUUGUAUAAUAAUUAACAAAGGUAAGUAGAUUACAAUUAAGUGUGUCAAAAGGAUAUGAUCUUAACAUUGUACUUAUUAUAUGUAAUUAAUGUUAUGUUACUUUCAAUUAUGUAAUAUUGACUUCUCAAAUAUCUACCAGUUUGUUUGUUUACUUGUAUUUUUUUCUCCCAAUCAGGGUUUUAAGUUGCAACAUUUGUUGUUUGUGUGUUUAUCUUUGGCACUUAAAUUAAUCCAUUGAGAUUUAGUUGUUUUUGGGUUUGAAAGAUGAUUUUGAAUGUUCUUAGCUAUAUUAUUAGCUAUGUAUACUAAAUUUAUUUAUUGUAUUGAAUUUUCAAGGUUAUAAUAGGCCUAUUGUGCGUCAGACAUAUCUCGUGAUGAGAAAAGACAUAUGUCGACAAAUAGCGCGAAACCCAACAUAUUUCUUUGUCUUUCAUUGCAAAGGGACGAAAGAAAGAGCGUUAGUUUCGAUGCAGUCACUAUUGUCAACAUAAAAAUCUUUUAUUUUAAGUAGGCUCAGUUUUCAAGCACUUCUGAAACGUCAGUUUACUAUUUGUAAAGAAAAAAAUUCAACAGUUGCUCUUUUUAUUAAAAAAAAAAGAAGCUGAUCCAAUAGCCUCCAACCACCUAGCAUUUUCUUUUUCUCAUAACGAGAUAUGUCAUUGACAAUGUCAGUUUUUAAGAGAUAUCUCGUAGCGGGAAAUCUCAAGCCUACAGGAUAGGAAUAUUCAAAAAUUUACAACCUAUUCUCUUGCCUUAUAAAUAUAAUUAAUUAUUUUAUUAACACUUUCACUGCAGCACUGAUUUUUCUGUAAUUUCCUCUGGUGCGGUACGAGGUUCUUUGAACUCAUACUAAAACUUUAUGUUGUGCGUUACGACCUUGUAACUCUUGAACAUGUUAGACACACGAGGUCAAUUGACCGCAGCGAACGUGUUAAAAUCGGUCAAUCAGUUUUGUAUGAUUGCGACUACAAACUUCGUGACAUUUUUAUAUAUUAGACUAGCGGACCCGGUCAAGUUUCGUUUUGACAUAAGUGCACUUAUUCUCUAUCCCUACUCUACCCUUCUAUACCUCUACCCCUACCCUACCCCUACCCUACCCUACCUCUACCGCUUGACUCUUAAACGUUUUUAUGGGAAAUAGAAAAGGGCAGUUUUUAGGGUUUUCCCGGAAAUUAUUUGAUUUUUUCUCACCCUUUAAACCUUCCCUGUACCUCCAUGAACAUUUCAAGACCAAGAUAAGAUAAAUCCGUUAAGCCGUUCUCGAGUUUCAGCGAGACUAACGAACAGCAAUUCAUUUUUAUAUAUAUAGAUAAAUUUUAAUAACAACAUAGGUUUUAGUAUGUUCUAUUGAGUAAUGUAAGAGUAUAUAAUACUGUCGGAAACAAGAAAUAUAAUUUCUACUAGAAAUGUGAAAUAUGUACAAAUACUUGCAUGAACACAAAUUGUGUAAUAAAAAUCAUGUUUAUGUAUGUAUGGAUAUUGAUGUGGUUUAAAUUAUGUUUUAUUGAUCUCUUUAAAAUUUAUAUUUUUAAGUAUACUUAACACUUUUGAAGUUUUUUUUUUAAACUUGAAAUUUUGUCCUAGUAGGUAUAUUAAUGUGUUUUAAUUUGUCUUUCUUAUCUCAGGUAGGGCAUAAACUAGAAAAUAUAUUACAGAUAGAUAUAGAAUGAUGGACUCUAAUAAGAAGCCAUUAUAAAGUGUAACUUUUUUGUUAGUUUUCAUUAUAUUUUACUUAUAUGUAAGAGUCAGAAUUGGGACAGACAAAAUUUGUGACUAACAUGGGCCAGGUAUAUUUUGCAUAGCCUGUAGUUAUGUACAAAAAUAAAUUGUAUAAAAUGUAUAACACUUAUUAUUUAUAGCAAGGUUAAAUACAAAUGACAAAGAUUUCCGAAAUGGGACCCGUAUUUUCAGAACAAUACAGACAUGUAAAAUGUCAAGAUUUUUUGCUAAGAUUCUAAUGGAGUAAUCUAUUACUCCAUUAGAAUCUUCAAUCUUAGCCGAAAAAAUAUUUGCGAACUGGGAAAAUAUUCUGAUUUCAUUAUUUUCACACCGAUCCAGGUUUGCAAACACGUAGUGAUUUGAAUAUCCUCUUUGUUGCGUAUUUCACUGAUUGUCACUUGUCUUUGCAAACGCGCCCUGUCAAUGUCAAUCAAAAAUUAUAUCACUGCUUUAUGCCUAAGAUGCGUGCUGGAGAUAUCUCGUAGAGACAAAAGACAAAAUGUCGUUGGCGCAUCAUAGGUCUAUACAGCGUGUCCCGUAAUUAAUGGAUAAACCGCAAGUGGUAGAUACGACACCUAAAUAUCUAUAACUAAUUUGAAUAGUUUUCCAAAAAUCCUUAUGGUGACCAAGAAUUAAAAAAAAUAACUUGAACUUGAAAAACUAUUCAAAUUAGAUUUAGAUAAUUUGGUGGUUUAUCUAAGAUUUGUGUUUUAUCCAUUAAUUACGGCACACCCUGUAUAUUUUGGUCCAUUGCGCAGCCUCUGUUAAAAAGUUGGUAUCUUUAUUUUUGUAUGUGCCUAUAGUACUAAUUAUGUCCUUUAAAUACUAGAAGUCUUAUUAGGGUAAAAAACGUAUUUACAACACGUAAAUAGUUUUUUACUGGUGUAUCAAUGUUACAUUGAUUUUGUAUAAACUUUGAUUAAUAAACAAUAUUAUUUUA